AUGUCAAUUCAAGAUGAGUCUUUCUACACCCAGUGCAGAGCAGCAUAUCUGUCUGUGUUUAAAUCCAGUCUGGCAAAUAUAUCCUCAAAACAGCAGCUUUGCCGUGUUUUGCAGCAGGCUGGAAGAAAUCCAUCUCAAGCAAUUCUCAACAAGUACUGGACAGGAAAAACAUCCAAACUGAACUUUGAUGACUUCUGUGAAAUUCUUAAAAAUGAGAAUAAGACGGAUGAAAAUGAACUGUUAAAAGCGUUCAGGAAACUAGACGCUAACAAUGAUGGAUUCAUUGCUCACAGUGAGCUGGAGAAGGCUCUUACUAGUAGAGGAGAAAAAAUGACUACUGAGGAGAUCAAUGCCAUUUUUUCAUUAGCUGACGUCAACAAGGAUGGGAAGCUGGACUAUGCAGAGUUCUGCAGAUUGUGUGUGUCUACAGUGGAGCAGUGUCAGAUGGCUGCUUUGGAGAGACUCGAGGCUGAUGCCAAACUAAAGAGACAGAACUUUGGGAGCCAGUCGUACAGCCCUCCUAAGAACCCAGCAGCACCUGUGUGUUCUACUGAGGGUCCAGCUCUAGAAACAUCCCAGGCAUCCUUCGCAGACAGCACAGCUAAGAAAGACAGCCGCUCGUCAUCUCGGUCCUCUUCGGCUCGCAGCAGGCGGUCCUCUGUAUCUAAUGCCAUCACCAUGACGUCCAGCAGCUCCAAGAUUAGCAAAGUACAAGAGCCUUCAGGGUUACAGGACUGGCAGCACAGUUUCGUCAGGGGCUGCUUCUUCGUGGAGGAGGGGAGCAUCAGUUCUUUACAGUACCAGCUUCACCUCCCUCAGACUACUGAUGUCUACAUGACUAUUCAGCCGGUUUCUCUUAGCAACAGACCAGACAAGUCCGAUUGGAUGUCAACAGACACGGCUCUUUUUGUCAUGACAGCCGGGGAAAACAAGGAAGACUCCACUUUAGUUUGUUUUACUGAGUCUAAAGACAAAGAGAAGUUUGUUUGGAGAGGAGAGCUGAGCGCAGGGACCUACCACCUGCUCCCGUUCACCAGCGGCUGCAGGUUAAAGAAAAACAGCAAGAAAAACACUUUCCAUAAACCCAAAGAGCUUGUGUAUCAGACUGACACUGGAGAGCUGGACCUGUCUCGAGAACUCAGGCUUGUGCUGUCUGACAUAUUUGAGAUGAUCGACCUUGAUGGGAACGGUUUGCUCAGUCUAGAUGAAUACAAUUUCUUUGAGCUCAGAACCAGCGGUGAAAAGUGCGACAAAGAAGCGUGGGCUGUGUGCAAAGAAAACUUUGAUAUGAGGAGCAAUCAGCUGACGAGGCAGGGCUUUAUGGAGCUAAAUCUGAUGGAGGUGACGGAGAAAGAGGGCGACCCAACGGAUCUGUGGGCAACACUAGAAGCUAUGGGCUACAACCGCCUGCUGCAGCUGGUGGAGGCAUGCCCGUUCCAAAUCGACGUCCUCUGUGAAGGUGCCCAGCCGCAGUUGCUUCCAAUUCGUCUGGACUCAGGGACCAAACUGCUCCAUCAGGCUGUCCAUAAGUCUGUAACCGCCUCCGCCCAGCCCAGGUCUCUGCGGGGCAACGACAGUGUUCUUAUCCACACAUAUAAAGGAGAACACAGGAUUUCAUCCCUCAUCACCAAUAAGACCAAUCAGAAAGUGACAGUCCACGUGAACAACGAACAAAACAAGAACUGCUGCAGCAGCAGAGGCAUGGAUGUGUUUGCUGUGGAGAUCCCCGCCCGCACCAAGAUGGUGUGCCAGCACGUUCUCCCUGUCAACGAAAAGCAGGACUGGACCUACAGCUGUAUAGAAACUAUCCUCCCCGGAAUCUGACCCACACCCAUCUCACAGAAAGAAGCAUCGUAAACAAGGGAUUAAUUCAGUUCAGUUUAUUUCUGUAGCACAUUUAAAAUACAACUUAAGCUCCUAAAGUGCU